CUUUUGCUGUAUAUAAUUAUCCAAUUGCCUUCUUUCUCUGCACAAAGCCCUUCUCUUUGUCGUAAAUUUUUGUCCAAGAAAGGGGAAAGAAAUCUGCCUACUGAAACUAUCAGCAAAAAACACAAAGAAACAAUGAGUUAUUACAAUCAGCAACAGCCUCCCGUCGGUGUUCCUCCUCCUCCGGGUUUUCCACCAGAAGGAUAUCCCAAGGAUGCUUAUCCACCACCGGGAUAUCCCAAUCCUCCUCCCUAUGACGCUCAAUAUGCUCAGCCUCAACUUCCUCAGAAGGAGAAGAGUACUGGUUGCUUAGAAGGCUGUUUGGAUGCUCUCUGUUGUUGCUGCCGGCUCGAUGCCUGCUUUUGACAAACCAACUUUGCCGGCAUAUAUUGAACCGAUCGAAGUUGAAUCAAACGCAUAUUCAAAUUUUAAAUCUUCAUUCCAAUUUGAAAUAUUCUCUUUGUCGAUCGCCUGUUUAAAUUUUUACUUUUUUUUUUCUGUCGUUUGUUUAUUGUAAUUAAUGAUUGAACCUUUGCUUGAAAUUGAACUCUUGUCUGUUCUUCCAUUUUUAAGUUCAGCCAAUCGAAAGUUUCUGAGCUUUCAUCAUUCUUUUUUCAUGGUUUGGAGUUUUGGAGACGAAGGUCAGCGAAAGGAAUAUUGUCCAGCUCGAUGUGUAAAGAAAAAAAAGUUGCAAAAAACAAGCUGAAACCAAUUAUUCGAUACAUUAUUAA